AUGUCGGACGACGAUUUCAUGCAGGCCUCGGAUGAGGAGUACGACUUCGAGUACGAGGACGAAGAUGAAGAGGACAGUGGCGAUGUCGACAUUGAAAACAAAUACUACAACGCGAAGCAGACGAAGACAUCCGAUCCAAAGGAUGCAGUAGGCGAGUUCCUAGGUAUACCGGCACUGGAACCAGAAAAAGGGGAAUGGGGAUUCAAAGCUUUGAAGCAAGCCAUUAAGCUAGAGUUUAAGUUGCAGCGCUAUGAGAAGGCAACCGAGCACUACCAGGAGCUCCUCACAUACGUCAAAUCCGCAGUAACACGGAACUACUCGGAGAAGUCCAUCGACAAUAUGCUCAACUUCAUCGAGAAAGGCGCCGAUAACCCGGCCGCCGUCGAGUGUAUCGAGCAGUUUUACUCGCUUACGCUUCAAUGUUUCCAGAGCACGAAUAAUGAACGGCUCUGGCUCAAGACCAACAUCAAACUCGCCAAACUACUGCUCGACCGCAAGGACUACCAUACCGUUGGCCGGAAGCUUCGGGAGCUCCACAAGGUGUGUCAGAAGGAGGAUGGCACUGACGACCCGAGCAAAGGCACAUACUCGCUUGAGAUCUACGCCUUGGAGAUUCAGAUGUACUCCGAGACUCGGAAUAACAACCAACUGAAGGCGCUCUACCAAAAAGCACUAAAGGUGCGCUCCGCGGUGCCACAUCCCAAGAUCCAGGGUGUGAUCCGCGAGUGCGGUGGCAAGAUGCACAUGAGCGAGGAGAACUGGAAGUCGGCACAGAUCGACUUUUUCGAAGCAUUCCGCAACUAUGACGAGGCCGGCGAUCUGCGGCGGAUCCAAGUGCUCAAGUACCUACUCCUCGUGACGAUGCUCAUGAAGUCGGACAUCAACCCCUUCGACAGCCAAGAAACCAAGCCGUACAAGAACGAUCCUCGCAUUGCCGCCAUGACGGAUCUAGUCGAUGCCUACCAGCGCGACGACAUCUUCAAGUACGAGGAAGUCCUCCAGCGCAACACCGAUCUGAUUGCCGACCCUUUCAUCGCCGAGAACAUCGACGAGGUCACGCGCAACAUGCGUACCAAGGGCGUGCUCAAGCUGAUCGCACCCUACACCCGCAUGCGACUCAGCUGGAUUGCCGAGCGUUUGCGCAUCAGCGACGCCGAGGCCCAAGAUAUUGUCAGCUACCUCAUCGUCGAUGGGAGUGUGCGCGGCCACAUUGACGAGCAUGCCGGUACCGUGGAGAUCGAAUCGACCGGAGACGCCGCCCGCGCCCAGAGUAUCGAGAACAUGGCUACCGCCGUUAGCGAGCUGUACGCCACUAUCUUCCGGGACGCCGAGGGCUUCCGCCUGAUUGGAGAGACGGUCGGGUCUGGGUUCAACGACUCGGUGGGUGAUUACGGUGGGUUUGGCGGUUCGGACCGGGACAGAAGCCGCAGUGGUAGGGGAGGCAGGGCGCUCCGUCGGGGCGGCGGGUUGAGAAGUAUUCUAUCUAUGGGCGGCAUGUCUUGA